GCUUCUCCAUGUCGUCAUCGUUUUUUGUGACUCGCAUCAAACAAACCGAAACACCAUCAUACUAACCAAAGUCAACCAAUUUCAACCAUUUUCAACCCGAUUGUCACAAUGGCUCUCAGAACCAUCCUCGUCACCGGCGCGACCGGCCAACAGGGCGGCGCCGUAGUCCGCGCCCUCCUCAACCACCGCAGCUUCGACUCCUCCUCCCUCAAGGUCCUCGCCCUUACCCGCAACGCCUCAAGUCCCUCGGCCCAGCGCCUGGUCGACUCCAGCAAGGGCAUCGUCCAGCUGAUCCAGGGCGAUUCGACCAACCCCAAGCCCAUCUUCGACGCCCAGCCCAAGGGCUCCAUCGACUCCCUCUUCGUUGUCACGACGAUGGGCAAGCAUCCCGAGGAGCAGCAGGCGAUCCCGCUCAUCGACACGGCCGUCGAGCAUGGCGUCAAACAGGUCAUAUUCUCAUCAGUUGACCGCGGCGGCGACAUAAAGAGCUGGGACAACCCGUGCCCGGAGAUCCCUCACUUCGUGGCCAAGCACAAUAUCGAGCUGCACAUUCGCAACAAGGCCGAGAAGGACCCGUCCCAAUUCUCUUGGACCAUCCUACGCCCCGUCGCCUUCAUGGACAACUUCAACCCCGGCAUCUUCUGCAAGCUUUUUUCGGCCAUGUGGCGCUCCGCUCUUAAGCCCACCACCAAGCUACAACUCACGGGCGUCCGCGAUAUUGGCCGGUUCGCCGCCGAAGCCUUUUACAACUCGACCGAGUACGAUGGAAAGGCCGUGGGCAUCGCGGGCGACGAGCUGACUCUGGACGAGGCGCGCGAGAAGUUCAAAAAGGUUACUGGCAAGGAGUUGCCCGAGACGUUCACCUUCCUCGGUACCCUAAUGCUCUGGAUGGUCAAGGAAAUGGGCGCCAUGUUUGCCUUUUUUGAGAACCAGGGGUAUGGAGUGGAUAUAGAGGCCACCAAGAAGAUUGUCCCGACAGAGGACUUUGAGACGUGGCUGAAGGAGAGCAGCAAGUGGAGGUAGGACACCGAUAUCGAGCGGAGGCAUACGAUACCCUUUUUCUAUCCGGUUUGUUUCCUAUUGUCCGGAUUUGCUUGUUGAAUAAGUCUGCGCAUCCAAAUAAUUAUCACUGAUUGAGUGCAUGAUGGACAAAGGUUGGGUCAAACUGUUGUGGAAUUGUGCCGAGUGUCUGCUAGUGAUGUCAGCCCUACCGCUUGGUUUCAAGGCCUUACUAGGCUUCGCUAGUCCGGAUCGUAGCGCAGGUUGAGUAAAACCACUUUCAGUGACAAUGAAGCGGUACGCUAUGUACCUAAGUUUGAGCAAACG